UUUCAUAUUUUUUAUAUUUAUUCGGGAGAGCGACUGUAGCUAUCGCUACACCCUGUCUUUAUUGAAUGAAUCCUUAUUUUCUUACAUUUCAGCUUACUAGCUGUCGUUUUAUAUAUUUUGUAUAUUAUAUUAUAUAUAUCGAAACAAUAUGUAAAUGUGUAGAAAGGAAGAGUUAUGCGCGAGUUACCGACCAGUCGUUAGGUAACGAGCCUCCAGCUAAACCUCCCAGAGCUACCCUGGAAUUGGUACACUGACCGGGUGCCCACUUACUUAGCUUUGCAAGAAUGUUGCAAUCUAAACAACAGCCCAAACUGGGACAACGACCACUUGAGUCGUUGCCCCGUCGAAAGAUUGCUGACACUGCAACAGGAUGCCCCUACCCCAAAACGCGGGUCAGAUGACACAGGCAAACGUUCGAGGAAGUCUUUGUAAACAUUCGUUUAUUUCACUUUGUAUUUUAUGCUUAAGCAAUCUAUGUAUUAGCAUAUAAGAACUUAUGUACACUCGGCAGCGGUGGCAACUUGGUCGCUGCUGAAGAAUAUAUUGACUCAGUCUUAAAAGGCAACUCAAAGGCGUACGUUUAUUUAUUCCAACUCUUAUUAAAAUUCAUAAAUUGAAAUACACCGACUACCACUUGGAGAAGACCGGACUCUGGCAGAACCCCUAGCCACCCAGGACUUCUAAGAGGAUAACCAUAACUGGCGCAGCCGAACUACGGACCGUGAUGGACCUAAUUUUCUUCGUAUUCUUGUUAGAACACACACACUAAAUAGGCAAAGCCCACAAGAGUAAAGCACCUGGAAAACACAACACUACACUACACCUCAAGCUGAUACAUUCAACAAUUUAAUACAGAUAAGACGAUAUUUUUAAGUACACAUUACGCAGAAACACUAACAAUUAAUUUCUCCUAAAAGUCAAAAUAAAUCUACUUAAUGCCUAAUAUUGCUAAAGUCAAGAGCCUAUUACCAACUACUAGAGGCGGUAGUAGAAGGCAGACCACUAUAAGCCAAACACCCCAAGAGACCUCCUUAUCCCUAAGACCUGUUAUUACACCCUCAUCCUUUACCAUGGACUCUAGCGCAAACUGGUCACCACCCCAUCUUAAUUCCGCGAUGGUAAACCAUGCGGAGGUGUACGCAUCGAUGAAAAUUCCCGACCCUAUUAAAUCCUUACCACCCUACUCUGGGGAUCCGUUCACGUUGAACGAAUUUAUCGAAAAUGUUGAAGAAAUAAUUCUAAUGAUUAGGACAACGGACCAGACAACAUAUGGUCAAAUGUGCCUUAGAGCUAUUAGACGCAAGAUUGAGGGCAAGGCUAACGAAGAAAUUAUUUCAGCAGGGGCUAAUUUGAAUUGGGACGAAAUUAAAGACGCGUUGAUAAGGCAUUGCAGUGACAAGAGGGACGAGGAAACCUUAAUGACCGAACUCCAUGAAUUAAAACACAGGCAGUUAUCCAUACAAAGAUCGUAUGAACAAAUCACGAAGAUUAGAUUAGCCUUGUUUAGGAUAAUAGACACGGAGGAGACUGAGCAAAUAGCAAUUCAGGCUAGACGUCGCGGACGUGCUUGACGGCUUUUCUCGCGGGACUUAGAAGAAACCUUAACGCGAUUGUUAGAGCGUUUAGACCAAAAGGACUGGAGGAAGCAUAUGACAUGGCUAUUAAGGAAAGGAAUUUAUACUUCACAGAAAAUACUACGUUUGGAACACAGAACAAACAGCUUUACAGACCAAACGAUCGUUUUCGAACAAAUCAAUUUUCGAACAGAAACCGUUAUAAUCAAUAUCAAAAUAGAGACUAUAAUCAGUACCAAAAUCGAGAUUAUAAUCGUUAUAAUCGCGUUGAUAAAUCGACUUACAGCCGGAACAACUACGAGAGUAAUCGUAAUAAUAGAUUCCCUGCAAUUACAGCAGGUGACGCCAUUCCUAGUACUUCCAAUGCAGCCGCUAAAAAGAACGCUAUAAGCAAUAACA